UUCCUCCAUUCCACUCCCACUUCCAGAGGUUCGUUCGAAGAGCCAACACAAAUAAAUGAUGCCCAGUUUCAAAGAUAAGGUUAUUAUUGUGACAGGUGCCAGCUCCGGGAUUGGGGCAGGCACUGCCGUUCACCUGGCCCGUCUGGGUGGCCUCCUGACCAUUGUGGGACGCAACGUGGAGAAGCUGAAGGCCACUGCCGACGAGAUAGUCGCCGCGGGAGGAGCCCAAGCUCUGUUGAUCGCAGCAGACAUGAACAGGGAAUCUGAUGUGGAGCAGAUUAUUUCUGCCACGCUGGCUAAGCACGGACGCGUCGAUGUGCUGGUAAACAAUGCGGGAAUUCUCGAGUUGGGCACCAUUGAGAACACCAGUCUGGAGCAGUACGAUCGCCUGAUGAAUACCAAUGUGCGCGCGAUCUAUCACCUCACCAUGCUAGCCACCCCCGAGCUGAUCAAGACGAAGGGAAACAUUGUUAACGUAUCGAGUGUGAACGGCAUCCGAUCCUUCCCCGGCGUGCUCGCCUAUAAUGUGUCCAAGGCAGCCGUCGAUCAGUUCACCCGCUGUGUGGCCCUGGAGCUGGCUCCGAAGGGAGUGAGGGUGAACUCUGUUAAUCCCGGAGUGAUCAUCACCGAGCUACAACGUCGUGGCGGGCUAGACGAGGAGGCAUAUGCCAAGUUCCUGGAGCACGCAAAGGUCACCCACGCACUGGGUCGCCCUGGCGAGGUAAAGGAGGUAGCAGCAGCCAUUGCCUUCCUAGCCAGUGAUGAGGCUAGUUUCACUACCGGCGUUAGCCUGCCCGUGGACGGUGGUCGCCACGCCAUGUGUCCGCGAUGAGGUGUGCUGGCAUCUAUUCCGAGUCUCUCCAGAAUAAAU